GACAGGGUAUUUGGUGUGAAGAAGAUGGGUGUAUAUUCAAUUCUAUUUGCUAUCCUUUUUGCAUUAAUUGCAGCAAAUAUUGUCUUUUCCUAAGUCAGUUUUUUUUCAAAAAUUAAAUAUCAUAUAUGAAGCGAAAUGAAACUAAAUUACUUAAAAAAAAUAAAGUUUUAAAAUUACAAUUACCAAAUAUGUGUUUAAACCUAUGCUUGACCCCCUUGACCUAUAGAUAGUCCCAUCCAUGGCUGAAGAAAGGAGAGAUGGAGAAAACAGCAAUACCCCUAAUCACUCCCCACAGGAUGGGAAACUUCAAUCUCUCUCACAGGAUAGUUUUGGCACCGUUAACAAGAACGAGAUCUUACAACUUCGUUGCUCAACCCCAUGCCGUUUUGUUUUACGCUCAGAGAACAACAAAGGGUGGCUUCUUGAUUACAGAAGCCUCUGGGAUAUCAGACACUGCUCAAGGUUCCCUAAAUACUCCUGGCAUUUGGACAAGAGAACAAGUUGAAGCAUGGAAACCAAUUGUGAAUGCUGUUCAUGAAAAAGGGGGCAUAUUCUUUUGCCAACUUUGGCAUGCCGGCAGGGUUUCCGACUAUUGUUAUCAACCUGAUGGCCAGCCUCCAAUAUCUAGCACGGAAAAGCCAAUAACAGCUGAGUUUCAUAUUGAUGGCACUAGCGCAGCAAAUUACCCACCUCCUCGACGGCUAAAAACUGAUGAAAUCUCUCAAGUUGUCAAUGACUUCAGAAUUGCAGCAAAAAAUGCCAUGGAAGCAGGUUUUGAUGGGGUGGAGAUUCAUGGAGCCAAUGGGUACUUGCUUGAUCAGUUCCUGAAGGAUCAAGUCAAUGAUAGAACAGAUGAAUAUGGGGGGAACUUAGAAAAUCGUUGUCGCUUCCCACUAGAAGUAAUUAAAGCCAUUGCUGAUGAGAUUGGGGCCAAUAGAGUCGGCAUUAGGCUCUCUCCUUUCGCCGAUUACAAUGACUGUGGCGAUUCCAACCCUGAAGCUCUUGGCCUUUUCAUGGCCGAGUCCUUAAACAAAUAUGGAAUACUCUAUUGUCAUAUGAUUGAGCCAAGGAUGAUCACCCAGUUUGUGGAGGGGGAGACUAAACAUAGUCUGCUACCCAUGAGGAAGGCCUUCAAGGGUUCAUUCAUUGUUGCAGGUGGAUACAAUAGGGAUGGUGGAAAUGAAGCAAUUGCCUUUGGUAAUGCAGAUUUAGUUGCUUUUGGGCGCUGGUUUUUGGCCAACCCAGAUUUGCCAAGGAGAUUUGAGAUCAAUGCAGAGCUUAACAAAUAUGACAGAAGCACCUUUUACACACCUGAUCCUGUUAUCGGAUACACAGACUAUCCGUUUCUUGAACCCGACACUUAAACUAAAUCCCAUUGUUUAUGAACAUAUAUACAGAAUACCCAUUUUCUUUAACCAAAUAAUUUGAUUCGAAAUCUAUCGAGUGCUGUAUUAUACUAUUA